CUUUUGGGUAAAUAAGCCGCACCGAACAUUGGGACGAUCUCCCACGAAAACGAAAGUUAAAGGAAGGACUACUAUACUAUAAAUAUUGAUGGCUUACAUGGAUCUACUUAAUAAUCAUAUACUGUUUGAUUUUUAUAAACAUUGCUUCUGAAAUUUAGUAGGCUUUAAUAUAUCCCUUACUAAGUCUAAGCUGACUACUUGCCCAACUCUCUGAAUCUCCCAGUCUCUCACUCACUCACUAUCACUAUCAAUACUAUCAUUGUCAACUAUGACUAUGAUACUGCUCUACUCUACUAAAUUACCAAAGUGACUAAAGGAUGCCAAAGACUACUUAAAUCAGGACCAACUAAAGUCUUUAUUUAAUAAUCUGGGCUGAGGUGAAAGUUUUUAGAAUUGUUAGUACUGGUAGGCCUAAUAAUAAUAGAACUUCCUCACUCACUGCACAAUCAGAGUCGGAGGUAAAUAAAAAAUCACUGAAAUCUGAAUCUGAUCUCACCCCUGAGCCUGGAAUAAAAAUGUCAUCACAAACAAUUAAAUUUCCAGAGCUUGAAGGCUUUCUAAAUCGAUCAUUUUUAGACCUGGAAAAAAUAGACGAGGAUCUCUUCAGGUUUGUUAACAUUCACAUGACAUAAAUUAUUCAGACUAAAUCAUAAAAAAUGAAUAUGCCUGUACUUUGGAUUUUGCUAAAGUCAAAGUAAUAAGCAGGGCUUAUAGUUUGUCUCUAAUAUCUUGAGAGCCAUCCAUAAAUAACAUCGGCUAAAACCGAGUACGGCUGCCACGGCGUCUUUUGUGUCUUUAUUAUAGUUGCGGUUAGGUUAGGUUUAGGGAUCGAUUUAGGGUUCAGGUUAGGCAUAGGGAUCGAUUUAGGGUUCAGGUUAGGCAUAGGGAUCGAUUUAGGGAUACAUUCGUGAAAAUCGAUAAAAAAGUGGCAGGCGUCCCCAUUUUUAACCAUAACGUCAUAUGAGGGGAGAUCAAUCAUUUUAUGAUUAUGUGUUAUAGGGCAGUGCUCCGCAAUCUUAUUUUACUCACUGCACAACUAGAAACUUUCUAGAUUUCUGCAGCAUACCACAGUUAAAGCAUGAAAAAAAAAACACAACUGAUUCACUUUUGUUUACAUGUACCAAAAUUAUAAAAAUUUUAUUAUACCUAUAGUCCUGAAAUUCACAUGAUCUUUUAUAGCCUUUUAUAUUAAGGGAUUUAUGUCAUUAAAUAGUUUUCGACUAUUUAAGACCUAAGACCAAACGUCAAUAGAGAAUAAAUAUAAGGAAAAUAUUUUUAAAAACUGCAUACACGAAUUAAAAUAUUUAAUUUUAACAAUAACUAUUGAGAUGUUUGAGCCUUUUUUGCUGAAAAUAGUUGUUUAAAAUUUUGCUCAAUAACUGAAAGAGCAAAUCUUUGUUCACUCUGAAUGCCUACAAGAACGACCACCUAUCCUUUUUAACUAAAACGAGUAGAAAAAAUUUGUUCGCAUAUGUUAUUGAAAACUGUAGCAGAACUUGUAUAGCCUGAUACAUUCUAGAAUAUUCUUCCCUCCUUGACUAAAACCCAUGAAACAUCGAUUGAAACUUUGGUGAGCAUUAUUUUGAGUGUCCCUGUCAUUCCUUAAUUUCCAGAAAUUUCUCUUGAACCUGGAGGAAGAGUUCUUCUAUAUAAUUUUGGGUGUUUAAGGCUAAAUGAUUUUGAAACAAAUUGUAUAGCUCCAUAUUUACUGUAUGAAAAGUAUGGGUCAAGCUAUUUAUGCAGAAAAGUUAGAUGUUGUUAUGCCAAGUACAAUUUUUCAAUGAGUUUUUUAAAAAUAUCACUUGAUAUUUCAUCAAUAAGUCUUUAAACUGUAUCCGCUGAUUGCGAAACUUGUUUUACUUCCUUAGCAUUAUUAGGCCCUAGCAUUAUUCAAAUGAUUUCCAUAGGCCUACAUGCUGGUUUAAUAAAUAUUUCACCUAUUGCCUGUGUUUUUUAGGACAUGCUAUUAAUCUUAAAACUUAAUUACUAGCUUCUAACACCAUUUCAGAUACCUUCAGGGAUGAUGUAAUUUUUUUUUUACUCUACUUAAGAUUUUGAAUUGAAAUUCACUGAAAAAUAUUCUUUAUUCUUUUUGGCACAACAUGAAUGUUUUGGUUUAAGAUGGCGAAUAAGCUUGCCAGGCAUAAUGACUUCGUUAACAUGUUGUUCAUUGAAAAUUGUAGACUCAGGUUUUGGAGCCAAUUUAUCCCGACUCUACAAAAAUCCCUAUUGAAUAUAUUCAUCUUUUCAAUAUAUUUUCAUAAUCUUCAAUUUUUUACACACCUUUUUAUAUCCAUUUUUAAAUUUGUAGUAUUAUAGUUAAUUUCCAAAGCUCUUUAUGUAUAAUGAUUUAAACCAAAAAAACAUUCCCAUUUAAACAAUUAAUAUUUUGAUUGAAAUAAAAGCAGUGAAUACUAACUUAUGACAUAGUAAUAGUUGCAUAUAUUUUUCACUUCCAAUAACCAAACAAGCCGCACACAAACAAGGAUAAAACAUAGGCAAUAAUUUUUUUUUUAAAUUGUCACAUGAUAAACAUGCGUUUGAGUGUGUCAAGAAAUCAGAUUAAAGAUCUUUGAUGCCCUCAGUCUGGACAGGAUGUGGCUUGUAUAGGUUUCAUGCCCUCAGUCUGGAUAGGAUGAGGCUUGUAUGGGAAUUGUUUUAAUUUUUCGAUGAAAAAAUGUUACAUGUGUGUGUAAACAAAUUUUAAAGAACUAGAAAAAAAAACAUUCAAAGUAUCACACAGUACAGCCAUGAAAAGUGUGUGAUCAAAGCCCAACAGGGAUAUAUUUUAAUGGUCAGCUCAGACACAUUAACUGGAUGUUUGAAAUGGUGACUUGACAUGUGACCCAAAAAAUUUAAACACGCAGAUGUGCUCAGCUAUGUGACUUCACUCAUUUGGUGGCUUGUUAAUUAGCCAAUCAUCCCUUUUGUGGCCACAAAUGUAUAACUUCUCCACAUUUUCUUCUUCCUCUGGGAGGAAUUAUGCCCAGCUCACCUAGCAUCAUCAAGCAGCACCCUGGUGUGCCACUGCACAUCGGUUUGCACACCGGUUGUGGGUGUUGUGGAACUCUGUUUUAGGAUGUUGAACUUUUUGUGAUCUUUUGUGAUGAUGGGGAGGAAGUGUGGGUAAAAAUAUGCAAAAUAUAGUGUAUAUUCAUUUAUGCUACUGAGGUUUUAUUGAUAGUUUGUUUGCUGUAACUUGUAAGCUAGAAGUUUAUCUUCAAUUUUCUUUUUUUAAAGCUAUGUGUACUGGUUAUGUGUGUAAAUUAAGUAGGCAUAAUAAUAAAUUAUUUUACAGUACAAACUUGAUUUUACAGGCUGACAGUGACCAGGUAUGUAACAAAACAUCACAUGCAGAAGUAUUAUUUAAAUUAAAUUAUACAAACCCUAAAACAAAGUUUUUGUAGAAAUCCUUUAUAAGCAUUUUUGUUUGCAUUUAUGUAAUUAAACGUGAUUUAUGUGAUUGUAGCAAUUGAUUUUGGUAUGGGAAUGGUUUUUAUCAAGGGAAUUUCAUAUUAGACGCGGCUAAGACAGGGAGACUCACUGUCUUGUAUGCUCUUUAACCUAACAUUAGAAAGAGUUAUUAGAAACAUACACAUUGACACUCGAGGAACAAUAACAGGAUACUUCUGAGGGAAACUCAAGACCCACAACCAACGGGCACACUUUACAACCAACCACUUCAGUAUCUUGCAUAUGCUGAUGACAUAGCACUUCUAGGGAAAAGUAUAAAAGACAUAUCAAAAUCUUUUAUUGAAUUAGAAGACGCAUCUUUACAAGCAGGGCUGGAAGUUAACAACCAAAAAACAAAAUACAUGACCAUGAUAAGAGAGGAACAAACAGAUGAAACAAUUAAAAUUAGAAACCAAACUUUUGAAAAAGUAAAUCAAUUCAAAUACCUAGGAUCCUUGUUAAAUGAAAGAAAUGAAUUACUAACAGAAAUAAAAGAAAGAAUAUCAGCCGGAAACAGGGCAUACUUCAGUAGUCAGAAAAUACUCAAAAGUAAAAACAUUACAACAGAAACAAAGAAAACUAUUUAUAAAACUGUGAUCAGACCAGUUGUAACAUAUGCAAGUGAAACUUGGACCCUAACAAAGACAGCAGAAAACCUAUUAAACACAUGGGAGAGGAAAGUUCUCAGGAAAAUAUAUGGGCCAACAAAGGAUGAAUAUGGAUGGAGAAUACGAAACAACCAGGAAUUAUACAGUCUAUAUCAGGAUCCUACGAUAGUGGCAGAAAUAAAAAGAGGCAGGCUACGCUGGGCAGGACACCUACAGAGAAUGCAAAAUGACAGAGGAAUGAAGAGGGUACAUCACCAAUACCCCAGAGGAAAAAGGCUCAAAGGCAGACCCAGGCUUAGGUGGAUAGAUGAUGUAGAAAAAGAUCUACAGCAGCUGAAAGUCCAAGCAUGGAAAAUAAAAGCAUUAGUUAGGUCUGAGUGGAAGGAAGUCGUGAGGCAGGCCAAAGCCCUACAUGGGCUGUAGCGCCACAGGGAUGGAAUGGUUUUUAUCAAACUUAGUGCAUGUAAAGCCUAAUAGACUAAAGAUAUGUUUAAAACCAAAAUGUCACAAAUACAAAGCACGUAGCAAUAGCUACACAAUUAAUAUCCACACCAAAACAUACAACCAUUGAACAAAUCAUUAACAUUGAAAAACAUGAAAAACUGAUUAUUUGGUGUUGGGGCUAAAAAUUUUAGAGAAUGUGUCGUCAUCGGCAACAAGUCUAUGUGCCAAGUUUCAGCUCGAUAGAAUGAUGAGAAGUGGGUCAAUUAGCUGUCUGAAGAUUUUGCUACAAACACACAAACAAAAGCAAAGUUAAUAUAAAUAUAAAGAAUGUUAAAAAUGUAGUUUAAAAGGUUUGUUUCUGGAAAUCUAAAUUUUAUGUCAGGCUUCUUGGGAAAUGGUUGUCCCAUGAUCUGACUGUAAAUACUAUGAUGAUGAUGCUUCCUUUCCAUGCACGUCAUGCACUCUACAUGUCUGUUUCACAAAAUAUAAACCUGUUUAACCUAGUGCCCAGUGUCUUUAUAUUCAAGUUUCUACUCUACAUUUUGUUUUGGUCAGUCACAUUUUAUGGAACUUGGUCUUGGACAACAUUUGCCUGAGAAAAUUUAAUUUUAAGGAUUUUUGUGUCAGUUAUUUUCAUAUGUGGUAAUACAAAGAAUGAAACAAAUGAAAAUUACAUGAUUUUGUUCUUUGAGGGACCUAAAAAAUUUGCACCUACUAUAAAUAAUCUUCCGUGAUCUACUUUCUCUUUAGAAGUAAAACAUUAUGGAAACACAGAUUAGCUCGAGGAGUGUAUGGCGGGCAAAUGAUUGGUCACUCUCUUGUAGCUGCUUCUCAUGGGAUACCAGAAUCACAGCAUAUACACAGUCUUCAUUCAUAUUUCCUUAAAAAUGGUAACCUUUAAUUUUUUAUUAAGAUAGAUUUUUUACUUCUUUCAUGUUUUUAUUUGUCUCCCUGUCUCUUCAAAAAAGCCUUCAACUUUAUAUAAUGAGAAUUCAUGUUGUUAUUUAGAUUAAGAAUGUUGAGUUUAGCAUAUUAAGAUUAACACUGAUGUAGUGUUAUUGUUUCUUAAUUAGCCAGGCAGCCAAGUUAAUGCACUUACUCUUGCUAAAAAUUGUUGUUUAAAAAAAAGAAAAGAAAACAAGACAAUUUUCACCGUAGAAUGUUUUAAAGAAGCAAUGCUCAUUUCUUUGCUUUGAACUGACAGGUAACACAGAUAUGCCCAUGCUCUACCAUGUUGAUAAGACAAGAGAUGGAAAGACCUACCAUGCCCGAUCAAUAAAAGCUCGUCAAGCUGGCAAUGUUGUCUUCACAAUGCAAGCUUCAUUUAAAAGCUAUGAAACUACUGUAAAGACUCAUCAGUUACCAAUGCCUAAGGUAAAGUUCGCUUAAAUUCAAUUUAAAGAAAAAUUAAAAAAAAGAAAAAACUUCAUAAAAACGACUCCCUAUUAAAAGACAAAUUUAAACCAUAAAAAGAGAAAAUAAUUUAAAACUCCUUAAAAAGCAUUACGCAUAGAAAGACUCAGCAGAAGUUUAGAUUAGCACUCUCAGUAGCAAAAGGAUUUGAAAUGGAUGUAGAUAAAACUUAAAUAUGUUUAUUUUUUAUUAAUUUAAAAACAUUUUUUUUUGCAUAGAAUUUCUUUGCGUAAUGCAUUCUAAGAAAUGUUCAUUUGUAUCUUCUUUUAGUGGUUUAAUGGUGUCUUUGACAGAAAGUCUGUUUUUAAAACUUUUUUAAAAUAUCUUAAUACUUUUUAGUGCUAAAAUUUGAAUCUGUAAAUUAUUGGCCAAAGAAGUAUUAUUUACAGUACCUUAAAAAAAACUCCUACGGCUCCCCAUUUGAUCUCCCCCUACCCCCUCAAUUCUCCUUCCGUUGCAGACACAAUGUGGACACAACUAGAUUGUGACCUUUAAGGUGAACACUAGACUGGCAGUGAACCCAGCAAUCUGACUCAGUCACGUGUCUAAACGAAAAAUAAAUAGCGACAAACAAGAUGGAAAUGCAAGUAGAAAGAAGAUCUUUACAAAAAUAGAUAAAUAGGUUCUAGCUUUAACGAAUACAAAUGAAAAUGAUAGACAGAUGCUCCAGCCUCAUCGUGGCCUCACUAAACCUAAUACAUUCUAGUUCAUUGAUAUGCUUACCUUAAUGUUAGGAAUGUUUGACACUGUUGACCAUGAAAUCCUCUUCAAAACCCUUGAAAACUACUUUGGAAUUUCUGGUUCGGUUUUGGCUUGGUUUAGGUCCUACCUCUCUGAUAGAACGCAAAUCGUCUCUGUCGAUGGCUGUCUCUCCGGCAGUGCUGAUUUGGUGUACGGAGUGCCACAGGGGUCCGUUUUGGGUCCGGUUCUAUUCAUAAUGUAUACCAGACCACUACUCCUCUUGCUCGGGAGGCAUGCUGUUGAGAACCAGUCAUUUGCAGAUGAUACACAGCUAUACAUGCAUACCCAUCCAUCUCUUGUCGAUUCCGCUGUCCAGACUUUGCGGGGGUGCAUUGAUGAUGUCAAGUCUUGGAUGACACUCAGCAAGUUGAAGCUUAAUGAUGACAAAACAGAAGCACUCCUCAUUUACAAUCACAAAUCAUCCUCUACCUCAACUCUUCCCACCUCAUUUCAAGUAGGUAACUCCGACAUACAGUUUACACCCUCUGCUAGGAAUCUUGGUUAUAUUCUUUCUAACAACAUGUCUCUCGAUAAACAUAUCUCUCACAUUUGUCGUUCGGCAUACACCGCCAUCCGUCAGAUCAGCUCCAUCCGCCACUACCUGACAGUUAGCGCAACAAAAACUCUAGUCUGUGCUCUUGUUCUCUCUCGUCUUGACUAUUGCAACUCACUUCUGUCAGGUUCACCGAAACAUUUUAUAGAAAAACUGCAGAAAGUUCAAAACUCUGCUGCUAGGCUUGUUCUUAAGGCAAAAAAACGUGAUCACGUCACUCCACUACUCCACUCACUACAUUGGCUCCCUAUACAGGCACGCAUUGACUACAAGCUGUCUCUUCUCUGUCACAACUUUUUCUCGGAUUCCUGCCCUUCCUAUCUAACUGAACUUCUUUCUGUCUAUUCACCCCUUCGACAACUUCGCUCCUCCGCAGACUCGCGUAUUCUGUCCGUUCCCAAGACACGCACUAAAUUAUAUGGUGAACGAUCUUUCUCUUUCUGCGCCCCCAAACAAUGGAAUUCUUUGCCACUACACAUCCGCAAUAUAACAACCACACAGGCCUUCAAAACUGCACUCAAAACACAUCUAUUUAAACUAUACUACUCUGACUGAUUCUCCUCCUAUAAACCGAUAAACGUACAUGGGUUUCCUUGUAAAAAUGUCUGGUGUGGGUGGAUGAAUAUACCUAUGGUGUUGUUUUGCUUAUAUGUUGUUUUUAUUUCAUUUAUGUAUUUUAUUUUAAUAUUAUGAUUAUGCCUCUUUGCUAUAUAUGUACAGCGCGGUGAGCCCAGCCCUAGGCCGGGGUACCGCGCUAUAUAAGACCACUUGUUAUUAUUAUUAUUAUUAGGAAUAGUUGGAAGAAAGUGAAGACUGAAAAUGCAUACAAAUUUUUUAAAAUGCUUAUUGGUAGGAUUUUGACAAAAGAGUCUGCCAAAAACAAUAUAACAUCUCUAAUUUGUACACAUUCAUUUGUCAAAAUUUACCAUUGUGCUCCCCCAGCAAUUAAAAAAUCUAAAUGAUCCCUAAUUAAAUCAUUAUUGUCACUAAGGGAGUUAACUUUUAUGGUAGAUGAUGGCUGAUUUUAUGUCAUAGAAGUACUUUAGAAUUUCUAAAAUGUUGUCAUGGUUAAAAUAAUUAUUUAUUUAUGCGCUGAAAUGAAUAUGUACAACAAUUUAAUCAAACAUUUCCAUUUAUUUGAUCAAUAACAGAAUCAUAUUGUAUCUUAGCAGACCUAAAAAGACUUUAUUCCAGUUUUAUGAUAAAAAAACAUGUAAUAUUAAUGUUUGACUUUGCUUUGAUCCUAACUAAUAAGACUUUCAACACAAGCAAAUUGGUUUUAUUUUGAAUUCUUAUAAAUUAUUUUAUUACUGGACGAUGAGCUGGAAUUUUCAUGUGAUGGAUUUUUUUUUGUCUAUGCAGGUCCCUCAUCCUGAUGAGUUAAAGUCACCUGUAGAAAUACUUGAUAUGAUGAUAGAGUAAGGGUCUAGAAUUUGUAUCUUCUUAAUUUCUUUUCAUAAUGUUAUUUUUAAAAAACUCUUAGCUCUGCCAUAAAUCAAUCAGAAUAACUAAAACUUAAAAAUUACACUAGUCAUUACGCAUCAAUGAGUCCGCAAUGCAUAAACUUCCCAUGUAGUUAAGUUACUUGACAAAACAUGCAUUCAAGUUCAAGUAAUGCACUUUAAUGUGGGAGAAUUUUAUCUUGCUCGCCUAAUGAAAACAUCGUUGCAGCAAUACAUACAUACUUAGGGAAUUAUUAUUACUGUGAUCAUUAUAAUACAAUUUGACUAAUGCAAUCAAACAUGGUCUCAUGUUUUCAUCAAAUACAAUCAUUUAUAACAGAAAGCUGCUCAUUUUUAAUCGGAAGUGUUUUCUUUAAUAUUUUACAGACAAGAGUUAAUCUCCAUAGAACAACACAAGCUUGGUCUUGAAUCGUACGAUGGCUUCCCAAUAGACAUCAGAUGGGUUGAUCCGUUAAAAUUUAUGUUAAUUGAGCCACAGUAUCCUAAACGCAGUCUAUGGUUUAGGGCUCGUGGUCACAUAGGUAACUGAUAAUGUACCACAUUGUAUCUCUUUGUAGUUUAAUAUGUCACAUUUUAAACAAAUUCUAAUUACUAAACUUCUGUAAUGAUAUCUUAUUUCUAAGAAAUCAAAAAAAUAUUGUCUGCUCCUAGCUAUAACUUCUUCUAACUCUAAACGACACCUUUCUUUUGUUUGUUUGUAUGAGUCAAUAGAGUGUAGGCAGUCUUGUUUUAGUCACAUUAUAUUUGGAUCUUACUUCUAACCCAAGAAUGGUUGCUUUAUGAAUUCCAUUCCAGAUUAUUUUAGUUUAGAAGAGAAAGUCCUUUGGACUUUGUAGGUAAAAAUUAGUUAAUACCUUUUUACUGCAUUGAUUUUUAUCCUAAAUAUAAUAAUUUUAUAACAUAUCAGUGAACAUGAUGCCCCUUAGCUAUUGUUUGUUCAAAUCCAAUGCACCUUAAUUCAAGCUAUAUAAAUAGGGAGGUAAUUCUUCAUUGCUAAUAGCUCAAAUCAGAAAUAAAAUUUUUAUUUUAUUUUAAACUUAUAUAUAUUUUUGAAUAAAAAAAAACUACAAUUUUCGAUAGACAAAUUAUGUUGAAAAUAGUUAUGAGCUCAUGAAUUAUGCCUCUUGAGAGCCUGAAAAAAGUAAUAAUGUAUGCAAUAUAUUAACAAAUACAUAAUUGUUAGAAUUUUUAACCUACACAUUUUGAUAUUCAAAUAUUUAAUUGUUAAAAACGUAUUUGUUUGAAAUUUGUUCACAUGCAACCGACAGAGAAGAAAUAAAUUAUUACAUAUAAUUAUGACCACUGCUCCCCACUCCCCGCUUUUUUUCUUCCAUUAAUUUAUCACUGAAAUGAAUGAAUUAUUUAUAUAAAAUACAUUUCUUUGUGCACUACUUACAAAAGUCUUAUAAUAGUCAUGUUCCUCUUACUGCAGGUGAAAAUCUCCACCCAAACAUCCAUAAAUGUUGCCUGGCUUACAUGUCUGACCUGUUUGUAAUACAAACAGCCCUGAUGCCACACAGCCCUACUUGGGGAAAGCCCAUAUUUAUGGCAUCUCUGGACCAUUCCAUGUGGUUUCACUCCCCUUGCCGUGCUGACAACUGGAUGUUGUAUGAGAUAGAAGCUGAAAGCUCUAGUAAGUGAUAGAAGUUAAAGCUGAAAGCUCUAGUAAGAGAUAGAAGUUAAAGCUGAAAGCUCUAGUAAGAGAUAGAAGUUAAAGCUGAAAGCUCUAGUAAGAGAUAGAAGUUAAAGCUGAAAGCCCUAAUAAGAGAUAGAAGCUUAAAGCCCUAGUAAGAUAUAGACGCUGAAAGUCCUAGUAAGAGAUAAAAGCUGAAAGCCGAAGUAAAAGAUAGAAGUUAAAGCUGAAAGCUCUGGUAAGAAAUAGAAGUUAAAGCUGAAAGCCCUAGUAAGAGAUAGAAGCUGAAAGCCCUAGAAAGAGAUAGAAGUUAAAGCUGAAAGCCCUAGUAAGAGAUGGAAGUUAAAGCUGAAAGCUCUGGUAAGAAAUAGAAGUUAAAGCUGAAAGCCCUAGUAAGAGAUAGAAGCUGAAAGCCCUAGAAAGAGAUAGAAGUUAAAGCUGAAAGCCCUAGUAAGAGAUGGAAGUUAAAGCUGAAAGCCCUAGUAAGAGAUAGAAGUUAAAGCUGAAAGCCCUAGUAAGAGAUGGAAGUUAAAGCUGAAAGCCCUAGUAAGAAAUAGAAGUUAAAGCUGAAAGCCCUAGUAAGAGAUGGAAGUUAAAGCUGAAAGCCCUAGUAAGAGAUAGAAGUUAAAGCUGAAAGCUCUAGUAAGAGAUAGAAGCUGAAAGCACUAGUAAGACAUAAAGUUAAAGCUGUAAGCCAAAUAUUUACAUUCCCCAUAGCAUGGUCCCCCAUUCCUAUAUACUAUACUUUGCCUUGGCUCUCCUGUGGAAAGAAAAUAACUGACUCAGCAGUCUUUCCUUUGAGGUAAAGCCACCUUGUGUUUUAACACAGCUCCAAUUCCUUUUGGCUCAAUAGUUUGGAGGGUGGGCUCAUGCUGUUGCUUGUGGUUCAUUCUUCUGGACAUAACCUGAUUGCUGGGAGACAUAACCUGAUUGCUGGGAUAUGAUGACAAGAUUUCCUCCAUGUUCAUUGACCAUCUACCAUUUGGAAUGGGGGUUAUUUCUCAAAGACUUUUAAAUGAUGGCAUUUAGAGUACUAACCUAUUUAAUUAACCAGAAGCCGAUUCAGCUAUGGAACUUUGAAUUAAUGAUUGCAAGCUUUUCCCGACAUGUGACCUGUUUUUUUAAUUUUAUUUGUUUUGUUUUGUAUCAUUUCAAAGGGGAUCAGUGCACUAUAAAACUGGUCCAUUACACUGUGUCAUAAUACUGCAGUCCAGGCUCCCACUCUUUAGAAUCAUUUUGCAUUGACUUUUGUUGUUGUUGACAUAAUUAAAACUUGAUUUUGAAUGACUCCGAGUUAAUAAAAAAACUCCAAGUGUAAGUAACAUGCCAAAAUGAAUCUCACACUGUGGUGCACAAAGCUGACGUAACAUACCAAAAUGAAUCUCACACUGUGGUGCACAAAGCUGACGCGUAACAUACCAAAAUGAAUCUCACACUGUGGUGCACAAAGCUGACGUAACAUACCAAAAUGAAUCUCACACUGUGGUGCACAAAGCUGACGUAACAUACCAAAAUGAAUCUCACACUGUGGUGCACAAAGCUGAACAAAUAAUUAACUCUAUGGGCAUUGCUUAUUUUUAAAAUGUGUUUGGUCAAAAUGGCCUCUCUAUUAAUUCAACCUCAACAUACCUUGUUGUACUAUUUCAUGUACACAGCUUGAAUGCAGUCCAUCAAUUAUUAUGUUGUAAAUGUAUAUUUAAAUUUGUAAGUAAAUGUAUAAGUGAAUAAAUUCAACGAGUUUUGUUUUUGUCUCCCCAUCAAUCACAGCUGAUGGUCGCGCCCUUUGCCGAGGCAGGAUUUGGGACAUCAAUGGAACCCUGGUGACAACAGUUGCCCAGGAGGGCGUCGUGCGCAUUCCAGGCUCAAAAUCUAAAUUGUGAAACUCAAAUCUUAACUUAUAUUUAUUUUAGGCUUGAUAGAUUUAACUGCUAUAUUAAUUUAUUGAUAUUAUUUUUUAAAAAUGUAGGGUCGCCAAGAUUGUUUUUUUUAAAAAAUGAUUAUUUUUUUAACUAGAAAAAUCGCUUUGCUCAGUAGGCCUAUAUUCCGUCAAAAAUUAUGUGCGUUGCAGUUUGAAUGAACUUUAAAAAAAUGUUUUAAAAAAAAUUAAAUUAGUUUCAAAUUGAAUUAAAAUCCUACUGGCAGACAGGUGACCACUUUUGAUGUAAACGUUGAUGAGACAUGAGACAAGUUACUGGUGUUCCUGCAGGGCCUGCACAUGAGUUGAAUAGUUUGAGUUUUACUUUGAAGUUCAUUGGCCAUUUGAAAGAUUGUUCAUUCUGAUCAUUACAGAACUUUAUGCCCUCAAAUGAGAUGUUCAUUCAUUCAUUUAUGUUCACUUUUACAUUGUUGCAUGUACUUGAAGUACUACACGUGGAGACAAUCCGGUGUCCAUUUGUUUAUGCUAUGUGUAUGUGCACAGAAAGAAAUAAUUCCCAAUCCAUCACCUUUUGUAAAACUCGGACUUUUCAUUGUUCCAGUUUGCAUGCAAGUUAAUUACUGGUCAAUUUAAUGGUAGAGAUAUUUUUUAUUUUGGCCCAAUAAUGUAACACACAGAAUUUACCCUUUUCCACAGCAUUCCUAAUGUAGCGUAGACUUUUGUUAAACAGAUCUCAUGUGCAUGUCUCAACACACUGGUCUUGACUGUAACAACUAAAGACUUUUGUUAAACAGAUCUCAUGUGCAUGUCUCAACACACUGGUCUUGACUGUAACAACUAAAGCGGCUUAUAAAGAAGCACUCUGAUUUUUAUUGUCUUUAAUAGACAGCUUUGGUAAGAACUAAACCCAGUAAAAUGUGUGGUAAUGCAUUUGGCAUCAGUAGCAAGUGUUUGUAAUAUCAUUCACAAGUAAUGCCCUCCCACAGCCUCCUAAACAAUGUUACAUUAUAGAAAACAGCAAAGCAGUCAUCACUGAGAGGUGAUUGGGGACUUUGCUCACAGAACCCUCUUUCCUUCAUGAACUUCAUGUGUUUUAUGUUUAAUCCAGUUUGCCCUGUGGCAACUGUCCAGUGAUGUCAUGUUUUAAGAUGGACCAGGUUACUCUUCUAUCAACAUAUUUAAAAAAAAAAAAAUCAAUAAUGACAGAUUACAAAAUGGACUGGUCCACCUGAGAAGGAAGAUUUAAAAUAGGUUGUUUUUUUUUGUUUUUUUACAUAAUCAUGUCUCCUUUGUAAUGAGUUUGAGAUAAAUGUCAAGAGCACCCAAACACUUCAUGAUCACCAUACUUAAAACUUCAUCCUCUGUUAUUCCUGCUAUCUAAGAUCUAAGAAGAAGAUGAAGAAUAGCAUUUUAAUCUCAGAUAGAACAAAGUCAAUGAACACUUUCAGACACAGACCGCCAGAUAAAGAAUGUGAUAGAUACUUUUCCAUGUUGGAAAUGAAUUUUAUAACAAUAAUUUACAGCCCAUUCUCAUGUAUAUUAACUUUGGUUAUUUUUUUUUUUUUGGGGGGGGUUACAUUAAAUGUUUCAAUUGUAUUUGAUAAUAAACAUUUGAUAAAAAUGAAAUCAAAAUCUCCAAUCCAACUUGUCCAUGCAGGGACUAGGUCUGUGUUUCUACAUAUUUUUGUUUGGCUUGUGGCCCUCUAUAACUUGUAACAUUUUAUGUAGCUCCCCCUUUCCUGCUAUUAUAUUUUUAAAACUCACUUUUUAUAUUGGCCUACAUUGGCCUACAUUCAUAAAGACAAUUUUUUAAUCAAAGUUUUAACGGCACCAAAAAGUAUAUGGUCCUCAUUGAGAAACACAUGGCUAGGAACAUGAUUUGUGUUGCAGUUUAGUUACACACUUCUCAGAAACAAAUCUGUGCUGCUUGUUCUAUGAUUUCUAAUUUCUACUAAAAUGUUUGUAUUUGUUGUACUAGUUAUAGGAUAGGUGAAAGGUAAUCAGCUGUUAUGAGGCAGAGAUGUUUGUCUAAAUCUGCUGUUAGGUUUCAGUUUCCCCAUGAAAAGGACUUUUGAAAAGAAAUGAAAUAUUUGUAUCUCUUUUUCCAGAUAACAAUAACAUGUUAUAUAUAUGCAAAGAUACAUAUCCGGGGAAAAUGUGUAAUUGAAAAGAAUGAUUGUUUUGAUGAAAUCAUAUUCAAGGACAAAAAUUUAUUUUAUUAUUUGUUACUGUUGUUAAUGUAACUUUCUGACUAGCUUGGUAAUCAUUGUAUGUUUGAAGGGGGGGGGGGCUGAAGUAUGGGAUACGCUAAUUUUAGAUUUAGGUACCGGUAAAUAAAAUAUCAGAUAAUGUUUAAAUUACAUAUAUAUAUAUUGUUACAACAUAGUAUAGUAGUAGUAGUAUAGCAUAUGUGUAGAACUAUUUUUAUCCACCACCAGUUCUCUCCCCUUCAUAUGGCCUUGAUAGUAACGUAACCUAGUAAAUGUGCUAUGUCACUCUUCCCUUGCCCACCCCUUUCUUGGCUGGGAAAAUGUUGUUUACUUUCAAAUGCAUUCCAUUUAUUCUAAAGAAUGCGAUUACUUGACGAAAUUUCUAGAAUUUUUUACUAGAACGUUCUGAUUUGGUUCCUAUAUAUAGGCUGCCUGAUUUCUUGGCAGAUUGAGUGAGAUAGAUCGAGAGAGCGAGCGAGAGAGAGAAAGAGAGAUUUACUAUACAAAUAUAAUUGCUACAUUAUUGUGUUUGUAAAUAAAUAAGUGUAUUUUGAGG